UGAUUUUCUCAAUCUAGGAGCGUGGUUUCGGGAAGGAGGCGGGCUCUUAGGUCAAACGCGAUAUUUCCAUCGGUCAAAUGCCGCGGUUUCGGAGAUUACACUGUAAUGCUUAAAAACGUGGAUUUUUACAGUGACGUUAGUCAUGCUGUCGUUUAUUUUCUGAGCGGUUGUGUACAUAGAGAGCUUUACAAACUUCAAUACUGGACUGACGCACUGUGUGAUGGUGUAACGUCGUCCUCUAGUCUCGAAAUUCAUCAAUUCAUUGUAGGCUAGGUUGCUUUCCAUAUUCUCGUCAACAAACUCUGGUCAACAAACACAGACAGAGAUGCUGUGAUCAUAGUGACAAGGAGGAACUACUAGAGACGAGGAGAGGUAGGAGGUCACCAUGAAAGGCUUGAGUGGCUCCAGAUGCUGCUUCUACAUGGGUUUCUUAGUGGGAACCCUGAGCCUGUACUUCCUGCGCCAGGUGUGGUUCGAGAUGAGCAUGGAGUCCGAUGUGCUGGGAGAGGGCCAGGACAGCUCAGUAGCAGCGUUGUCGAAGAAGAGACAGGCUAGUGACAGUAAUAACUGGAGGAUGGAAGGAGCAACCCCCAUCAACCUCAACCAUCCACACCACAUAGAUGAGGACAGUAGCGUGGCAGAUGAGCUGUACCGGAAGGUACGCAUCCUGUGCUGGGUGAUGACUGGUCCCAGUAACCUGCAGACCAAGGCCCGCCACGUAAAGGCCACCUGGAGCCGCCACUGCAACGUUGUGGUCUUCAUGAGCUCUAUCGACGACCCAGACUUCCCCACAGUGGGGCUCGGCACGGGGGAGGGCCGCGACCAGCUUUACUGGAAGACCAUCCGGGCCUUCCACUACGCCCUGGAGCAUCAUGGGAAUGAUGCCGACUGGUUCCUCAAGGCGGACGACGACACCUUCGUUGUGGUGGACAACCUCCGCUGGGUCCUGUCCAAUCACACGCCCGAGGAGCCCCUCUACUUUGGCAAGCGCUUCAAGCCCUACGCAAAGCAGGGGUACAUGAGUGGCGGAGCAGGAUAUGUGUUGAGUAAAGAAGCUCUCAGGAGGUUUGUGGAGGGGUUCAAGACCAAGGUGUGUACCCAUACCACCUCUGUGGAGGACUUGGCUCUGGGACAGUGUCUGGAGAAGAUGGGUGUUCUGGCUAUGGACUCGAGGGAUACCCUUCAACGAGAGACAUUUCAUCCGUUUGUUCCCGAGCAUCAUCUGACAGGGAAGUUCUCCAAGAGCUUCUGGUACUGGAGCUACUGCUACUACCCCAUCGUAGAGGGUCCCCAGUGCUGCUCAGACCUGGCAGUAUCCUUUCACUAUGUGGAUGCAGAGCUGAUGUACACACUGGAAUACUGGACCUACCACCUCCGUGCCUAUGGCUACAGGUACCGCUACAGACCUCCACUAUCCCAGGGCCUGGUGGAGCGGCAGGCCCAAACAGAGAGGCCUACAGUGGGUACAGCUGGGAGAGGGAGCACCCCAGCUGGUAUUACUGUUGGUGGUGAUGGAGACCAGUCCAAAGCCGAGUCCGGGGCAAAGCCUUUGUCAGACAAAGGUGGGAAGGAGACAUUGGGUAAAAUCCCCAUUGACAACAACAGGACUGCAGUCACACAGGAGAGACAAGGGUGAUUCUCUCUGUAUGGGUUUACAUGUGUUUUUGGAACGGGACUAUGUAGUGUAUGGACCAGGAUGGGGCAAUUCCACUUAAAUUCUGUCAAUUUAAGUUUACUUCCUGAAUUGACUGAAUUGAAGUGGAAUUGACACAUGAAUAAUGAAAAAAUGAUUACCCACAUAGUGCUCUUAUGGCCAGUUCCACAACAGUGCAGGUUUAAUUGAUUAUGGGGAUUUUAUAUAUAUAUAUAUAUCUUUUAAGUGAGUCCAUAUACUGUAAAUCAUUUAACUUGAAAGUCUUAACUGUUUUUAUUUGAUAUCUGUUGCGAUUUAAUAUGAUAUUCUGUUUGAAUUGAAAUAGUAUGCAGUUACUUACCAUUCAUCUAUAUCCAGUACUUGACAGCUUAUUAGGUGUUACGCAUGCCUCUUUCGUUACGCUUGAUAACUUGGUACAAUAGACUGUGAUGCCCUUUGGAAUGCAUAAUGCAUCUGUUACUUCAAAGGUUUAAAACGUGCAUUGUAUUUGAGGUUUAAAAAGGGUUUUGAAGUUUUUAAUUUCCACUUUGAAAGUUCAGACUUGAUUUUCCCUUACGAAAAAAUGUAUCAACCCCUACAAAAAAGUCCAUUAAUUAUAAUCCACAUAAUAAUUCACAUUUCUUGUUACUACAGGAUUCUUUUCUUGCUGUAGCAAACUGGCUCAUUUUAAAUCCUACAUCUGUAGAGGCUUUGAAUGUCAUGAAGAUUGUAAAAUGGUUGAUAUGGUUGGAAUGACUUCUUUCUUAAUGGUAGUUUUUAAGCCAUUUACCUUGUUCUCUGGUUUCGUUGUCUUUUUGGGAGGUCGAAGAGAAGAUUUCAUAUCUACCUUAAUUUUCUACACUAAACAUUGACCUGUAUGUUUUUCAGCUGGAAUGAAACAAGCAAUUUAGGGUGGGAUUCAAUCCGAUUGCCGGUUAUUGGCAUUGCGGCUUUUAAAGGCCAUUUUGUUUACCGUGAAUGGGAUCUCUGCGAAAGGGGCAACAUUGCAAUGCCAAUAAACCGUGAUUGUAUUG